AUGCUCGGGGAGCCGGACCGUCCGUCCGAGGAGACGCAGAAGCGCGCGAAUGCGGCGAAGAAUUUCAUCGAAAACAUGUACAAGAACCAGAUCCAGUCGCACAUGGACCGGCGCGCUAGGCGGGGGCAGCUCGAAACCGAGCUCCAGGUCGAGGGGUACUCCCGCACCGAGAUCGAGGAGGCUCUGCAGGAGCACGACCGCAAGGAGAGCGAGUUCAUGCGGCUGCAGAGGGUCAAGUUGAGCAACGAGGACUUCGAGCCGCUCACGAUCAUCGGCCGGGGCGCGUUCGGAGAGGUCCGCGUCGUCCGUGAACGCGCGACGGAGAAGCUGUUCGCGAUGAAGAAGCUGCGAAAAUCGGAGAUGCUUCGUAGAGGCCAAGUGGACCACGUCCGCGCCGAACGCAACCUCCUCGCCGAGGUCUCUUCGCACUGGAUCGUCAAGCUGUACUACAGCUUCCAGGACGACGAGUUCCUGUACCUGGUGAUGGAGUACCUGCCGGGCGGCGACAUGAUGACGCUGCUGAUGAAGAAAGACAUUCUCUCGGAGGAGGAGGCGCGCUUCUACAUCGCCCAGUGCGUCUGCGCGAUCGACACCAUCCACAAGGCAGGCUUCAUUCACCGCGACAUCAAGCCCGACAACCUCCUGCUCGACGAGAAUGGCCACAUGCGGCUCUCCGACUUCGGCCUGUGCAAGCCGAUCGACCCGACGGCCCUCCCGACGCUCGCCGAGGACGAGGAGUACCCCGAGGGCGGCGGCGCGAUGCCGUCCGCGGGCGUCCAGGCCACGGCGCGCCCGCGCGGCGAGCAGCUGGCCCACUGGCAGGCCAACCGGCGCAAGCUGGCCUUCUCGACGGUCGGCACGCCGGACUACAUCGCGCCCGAGGUCCUCCUGAAGAAGGGCUACGGCAUGGAGUGCGACUGGUGGUCGGUCGGUGCGAUCAUGUUCGAGAUGCUCGUAGGAUACCCCCCCUUCUACUCGGACGAUCCCAUGACGACGUGCCGCAAGAUCGUCAACUGGCGGAUGUUCCUGCGCUUCCCCGACGACGUCCCCGUCUCGCCGAACGCGCGCGACCUCAUCUCGAAGCUCAUGUGCGACGUCGAGGACCGCAUGGGCUCGCACGGCGGCGCCGACGACAUCAAGCAGCACCCGUUCUUCAACGGCCUCGACUGGACGCAGCUGCACCGCAUGGCGCCGCCGUACAAGCCCACCGUCGAGCACGAGCUCGACACGCAGAACUUCGAGCGGUUCGACGAAGACAAGUCGUUCGCGCACUCCAAGUCGUCCGCCUCGCGGUCGCAGGUCAAGGACCCGAACUUCAUCGGGUACACGUACAAGAACUGGGAGGCCGUGGGCGCGGAGGGCGGGAUGCAGAAGAUGAAGAAGAAGACCAACGCGCGGCCGACGAUGGCGCAGAUGCAGGAGAACUUCGAGACGCUGCAGAUGUGA